GCUCGCGAGGAUAGCUUCUAGCGCUCGACCCGGGCCUACCUGCCCCACUCUGCCUGCCAGCCCGUUUCGGUCGGACACGCGUCCGCGAUGCUGGCGCUGCGCUGCGGGCCCCGCCUGCUCGGCUUGCUCUCCGGCGCCCGCUCCGUGCCGCUGCGCCUCUCUGCGGCCCGUGCCUGCAGCGGCGGCGACACUCGCGACCCGACCCCUUCCUCCGGGAACCCGCUCGUGUACCUGGACGUGGGCGCCGACGGGCAGCCGCUUGGCCGCGUGGUGCUGGAGCUGAAGGCGGAUGUCGUCCCGAAGACAGCGGAGAAUUUCAGAGCGCUGUGUACUGGAGAGAAGGGCUUCGGCUACAAAGGUUCCACAUUCCACAGGGUGAUCCCGGCCUUCAUGUGCCAGGGGGGUGACUUCACCAACCACAACGGCACGGGGGGCAAGUCCAUCUACGGGAGCCGCUUUCCGGAUGAGAACUUCACGCUGAAGCACGAGGGGCCAGGUGUCCUGUCCAUGGCCAAUGCAGGCCCCAACACCAACGGCUCCCAGUUCUUCAUUUGCACCAUAAGGGCGGGCUGGUUGGACGGCAAGCAUGUGGUGUUUGGCCACGUCAAAGAGGGCAUGGAUGUCGUGAGGAUGAUAGAAUCUUUCGGCUCUAAGAGCGGGAGGACAUCCAAGAAGAUUGUCAUCACAGACUGUGGCCAGUUGAGCUAACUGGCGGCCAGGGUGCUGGGACAGGAGCGCCUGUGGAUUGACCCACCCAGGUCGCCACCAGGGACUCUCAGCCAAGGUGCCCCAAAGAGCUACCUGUGCUUGUCCCACUGCCCUGUGUGCUUGAGGAAGGCUACUCAGGGACACGCACCUCCUCCAGGGCCACCAGCCUUUUGACUCGGGACAGUCUAUUGGGGCAAAAGGACUGUGAUACCUGUUUACUGUUGUCUUCCUAAUUGCAAUAAUUUAAUUAACAAGAUAGCCUAGAAAUGAAGCUGGGAUGUGACCUGGGUUGUGGCACAGGUCACAGAACCCCAGAUCCUGGCUAUUGUGUUACAACUCAGGACUUGUGAAGCUCCCAAGUUCUGAGGCCUCCGGUUACUGUGAGUCCCAUUGGUUCGCUGCUAUCAACUCUGAACCUGGAAACAAAUCACCUGUGAGCUCCACCCACUCAGUGUGAAUUCCUGUGUGGGAAUGGAAGUGACCUGUAAGUGCCCCGGUUCUGGAGGAAAGUAUUUCCUGUGGGCUUUACUUUUUCAAUGUGUGUUGGAUAAAUCCAAUCUACUGAUGAUGUAUAUAAAAGAUUUCUGGAACAUUUGUGUUCACCUUAAAUGUGACAAUAAAUCCUAUUUUGUAUAAGA